GGCAAAGCCAGCAUCCAGUAUCCACCCGUCAGUGGGAGCGCGCGCUCGCGCCCGAGCCGUCCCGGCUACGUCGCCAGCCUCGUUCCGCGAACAUCUAAUUCAAAAAUCGAUCUUAAUUCUAAUUUAGGUUUUCUAUUUUUUGUGUGAUACUCUGUCGUGCCAGUACUCUCCGAUUUUAAUUGAUGGAUUCAAAACUUUUUGUUUUCCCAUUAUGUAACGGAUUCAAACUUUAAUUGCUGAUAGUGCCAAACCUUGUCUACAAAAUCCAGUGCUUAUUGAACUCAAGUAAACUGACGUUCAUCAACUGAUACAAAAGAUAUUGAAGGUCCAAAAAGUGCACGAAAAUACAAUCACAGAAAAUCUGCAAAAGUUCGCAGCCGUUGGCAAAUAGUGUUCAAACUGAGUGACAAACGGCACGGUGUAAUAAAAUAAAGGACUUAAGCCCCAUUGUAAUGUCAGUGAAUAGCAACGUCAUUGGUGCAAAAAUGCAAUGGGCCGGUGGGGGGGCGGGGGGCGUUCUGAUUGGCUGUCACAGUGAUUCAUUGCAUUCGAUAGUAAACUUCCAUUAAGAACGAACGUCUGAACGCCAAAAUGUCAGCAGAUCACGAAACUAAUAGCAAAAUAACAAUAGCAGGGUCGGCGGUGGCCAUGAUCGGAGCGAACCUUCGCUUCGGUUCGGCAGGGGCUACAAACUCCUCGGUGGUGAACAAUACUCGCCACUGCCCGCCAGGGGGCGCAGCGAGCGCUGCAGCAUUGUUAGCACUGUCCAGUUUGGGAAUGUCUGCUAAUCUGGCACUGAUGGCUGUCAUACUUAGCAAAAAGCAGCUACGAAGGUGGUCUCACGGUCUGCUAUUUCACCAAGCGAUAGUAGACCUAGCGCGGGCAGCCAUCUUGUUGCCUCUAGGCAUCGCCGUAUUCCGCUGUCAACCCGUCUACAAAUGUUCCUUGGUAGAAACCGCCUUUUUACUUCUGGUGACAGUGUCAACAGUGAACAUGCUCACUACAGUGCUCAAUGAUAGCCCAAUUUUCCCCGAAAAUGAGGAAGAGCAGGCUGAUUUAUCAGCCCCAUUACUGAUGGACAGCCCACAGUGCGUCCUUUUCGGAACAUUCAUGAUUUGGUUCGCGUCUAUAACGAUAAAUCUCGGGCCUACGUUCUUAUCUGGGGCUUUGGCUGCCAGCGCGGGCUCUUACGGGUCUUACGGGCCGGCACCGUCGUGCCCACUGGUUCGAGGACCCUUCAGGCAUUACGUACUAAACGCUCUCUGGAUAGGCGUUAACGCUGUCUGCAUCGGAUUGACACUUUUCCACUUGAAAAAGCUCCACCGGGAUCUCACGAAGGCUAACGUAGAAGCAGUACGAGUAGCUGGUUUAGUGACCACGCUUGUCAGCAUGGCAGGUGACAACAGGCGGAUGGAUAACCUGCCCAACAGCGUCGGACCCAGGACUGUGGAUGGCACACUAUCAGACGGCCAAUGCCGUCCAUCAGGGAGUAAUAACCUGCCUCUGGGAGGGGGGCGUCGGCUCCGAGGAUACCUGGCGCGGGUGGAACGGGAGGGGGUCCGAAGGGUCCGGAUGUUCCUGGUCAUCACGGCGGCGUAUGUGCUGUUCUGGGGGCCUUUGUUCCUCAUCACAUUGCUGCACCACCCGGCUUUGACGUCGCAUAUAGCUUAUGAAAUGUAUUUCCAAAUCACUCUACAUAUCUCGUACGUGCACGCCGCGGUGAAUCCGCUGUUGUUCAUGGCUCUGCAUCGAGCUCUGCGCCGGGCGGCGUUGCAGCUGUGCUGCGGCUGCUGCGUGCACUGGAGUCAGUUUGUACUGGCUUUGACUGCUGCUGCUCAAUCGCCUUUAGCACCAGCGUCGUUCUCGCCAGCGGCCGUAUCGCCCGAACCCCCUCCCGCGCCGCCGCCGCCGAUGGCCCCUCCCGCCCCCCCGGCGCCGGCGCACUCCGCGCCUGCGCCUCACACGAUGAUGGUAAUUACUUCUUAUAUAGUUGGGAAGUUGAGGAGUGUGACGCUGAGAGUAUGUCGAGUGCGCGUGUGCAGGGAGACGAGGAUAUGAUGGGGGAGGCGUGGAGCGGCAGCGUGCGGCGGCUGCCGCGCUCGCCGAGCCCGCUGCUGCCCGCGAUCUGAGCGCGCCGCGAGCCGCCCCGGCCGCCGCCCGGCCGCGCCGACGCUCCCGACAUAUCGCGCAUCGCAUCAUGCUGUACAUAGCCAUCAGAACAUUGACGUCAUCACUCUGUACAUACAGUUCUUGAGGUGUAUCUGUCUCAGUAGUUGUGAACCUCUCAAAUCAUUGAUGUAUAGAAAGGGUAUUUAUGAAUAUUACGAAAUUAUUCUUAAGAUACUUUUAGCUAUUCGGUAGUUUGUGUGUGGUGAAAAGUAAUUUUUCUAACAUAAGUCUUGAACUGUACAUUGUGUAAUUUCAAUUCUAUCGUGUAAGUAAGUCAAUAUAGAAAGCUAAAUUCUAAAUACACGAGAUAGUAGAAGAAAUAUAUUAACGGCACUUCCAGAUACUUAUAUUCAGUAGUGACCAGAACACAACUCGAUAUACUAUAAUAAUAUAUUUUUGUGAGCAUAAGUAGAUGACGUAAAAUUGUCAUUAAAUGGAACACCAAGUAGAUAGGUAUAAAAACAAAAAUAAAACUGUAGUUUAAGAAGAGAACUUACUAUUGUGUUGUUGGGUCUAUUUUCUAGAUAAUUUAUUGUACUUAUGUAGCUUGGAACUAACUUGCCAACAGUUAAAAGAGCCAAAGAACUGUUUAAAGACUGAAUAUUUUUUGUAUUAAUUUUGAUAAUUUUCCCUUUUUCAAAGCUACCUACAGCAUUCUGUUAUAAUAAUGCAGUUUAUAGUAGUUAGUCUUAAAUGCGGAGUUUUCUUAUUGAUGUAAUUAUUGUGCCAAAGCGUUUUAUCUACUAUACAAAGAAUCCAAAUCCAACAUAUGUAUAAAUACCUACUUAUGAAAAUCAUGUGAGAUAGAUUGUAAGGUUAUCGAAAACAGCGGGACUUCUUACGUUCAUAGUUAAUGUUUAACAAUGAUUUAAAAUUUAAGAAUUAAUAUUUCAUUCAUGUAAAAUAACUUACUAAUUUUGAAAUUCUAUUGAUCUUUUCUUGUUUAUUUCUAGAUGUUAUACAAUAAAACGGAAUAAUAAACAAAAAAUAAAAUGAAACGUAAAUAAAGUCGUCCCGUUUACAAUUUAUAAUAAUAUACAAUUUUAUUGAUAGUUAGGUUAUAUUUAUUAUAAAUUGAUGUAUUAAUGAUGGUUGUAAAUUAAGUAACUAUGUUGUAAAAUUAAAAGAUAUAUGAACUAACAGAAAAGAGUAUAAAAUGGUGUUCUUCAAAUUAUGAUA